AGAUUGGAACACGCAUUCAAGGAAUCCAUGACAUCCUCAUGCCGUUCCUGGGACCUGAUCAUGGAAACCGCGAAAAGCGAUCCCUAGACAUCCUUAAAUACAUCUUUGGAACCACAACUGAAGAAGAACGUGAAGAUGUUCGUGAGAAAAUUGGAUUCCAGGUUAGGAAAAUUUGAAAAGAUAAACUAGUGCAAGCAUGUAUAUGAGUUUUCCUCAAUGGUUUCCACCUAAUUCACAUUUUUGGAUAACUCACAUGCCUAGUUACCACUGUUCUAUUUUUUGCAUAAAUAAUCAGAACAGAUGUAACCAAGCAUUUAAAUUAUAUAUGUGAGUGAAUUGAUAACUCACAUGCCUAGUUACCACUGUUCUGAUAAUGUAAGCAUAGAUUGGAACAAAGGUAACCAAGCGUUUAAAUUAUAUAUGUGUGAGUGAAUUAUUUGAUAACUCACAUGCCUAGUUACCACUGUUCUCAUAAUGUAAGCAUAGAAUGGAACAAAGGUAACCAAGCAUUUAAAUUAUAUAUGUGAGUGAAUUCGGUAGCAGCGGUUGGGUUUGUAUUGUAUUUAACAAUUAGAGCAGGCUGUGUCUUCAGAUAAUUCAGACACAACAACCCAUGGCAGUUUAAGCAGUUAAAAGUACUAGGAAGUUUUGAAUUCUGUUUUUCUUUGUAGAAAAAACUCCCAGCAAGAUUGGCGACCUAUAUUAAAAUGUACGGUUCUGAGGUUCUUUACGGUAAACUAGUUGAGGGAGAUCUACUUGAAAUCAUCCGAGAUGCUUUGUUCGGCAAGAAAACGACCACUGAAGGAGGUGAGAUUUUGUAAAAGCCAGUUUAGCUUUUUGCGUUUUAAAAAGCCACGGUUAACCUAUAAUUCAAAGCAAAUUUCCCAACAGCUUGUUUAUCAGGGUUCCAGGGACCGCGGAGCCUGUUUAGAAGUGUGUUGGGGGGAGAGUUGGCACGGGAGCUAUUCCACACAGGCAGGCUGGAUUUUAUCCGGUAAUUUUUUAUUAUCCACCGAAAAAGUGAAACUUGAAAGUCUUUGAAUUUGAGAACAAAAAUUCAAGGCCUUGAAUGUCCUUGAAUUUGUAAAGUUUUUAGUUUUUGGAUAUUAUCUGAAAUUGUUUGACAUUCUAAACGGACAUUUUGUUGAAUUGAUUUUGUAUGUUCAUAUCUGAUUUCUAUCCCCUUUUCUUCAGUAUUUAGUCCUUGAAUUUCACUCUUUCUCACAUGUACGAACCCUGGUUUAUAAAUUCUGAAAUAUUUCCUUAGAAUUUUUGUCUGCAUUAUUUUCUCUGACGUUUUAAAACACAAAGAUGUGUAGAAACACAUACAUAUAGCUGAACUAAAACAGCAUAGGAAGACCAUCCCCCAAAAAAACAACAAAUUCGUUUUGCUAUUAACUGAGACUUAUGCUAUGUUAACUAUGUUAACAUAUUAAGAACAUAGCAUGAGCUUUAUAGCAAAAGAAAUUUAGAAUAUGGAGCUGACAAAACCAUUUCGAGAAUCGAACCCCAUGCAGAGUCUCUUAUUUGACGCCAGCGCUCUGACUUAUAUUUUAAAAAUGGAUUCUUAAAGUUGCUGGGCCAACAACGUUGGACGACGUUGCAUUGUUACAAACAUAGUACAUUUAGGGUAAAGAUUAGGGAUAGGGUUUUGGUUGGGGUCAAAAUCAAACGGAAAUAUAUUUGUGCAAGAAAAGAUCCUAGGUUCGAUCCUGUGAUGACCUCAACUGAACACACCGCAAAUUUUCCCGUUUUCCAGGUUGCACAUUCACAGCCAAAGACAUCAUAUGUGAUAUGCCAUUUACCAGAGCUCAUCUACUCAGCGAGAAACGUUACAUGAUCCCCACUUUUGUUGGUUUUGCACUCAAAUACUCCGCUAAAGUCGCUGUUGUCGUGAAGGGACGCAUGGGCGCCACUCUCACUGGAGUACCACAACUGAUCACCUCCAAAUUCGAGAAAAUUGUAGCCAAGAUUACCGUUAAACCAACGUAAGUUUGUAUCAUAAUAGAGAAGAAGGCUGGGGUCUUAAAAUGGACAUAUUUCUGUGUUUUUAUGUUGUAUAUCAUAGACGGAAAAGUGUGUAUUGAAAACAAGGCCUCGGCCAAGUUUUUACCAUAACAUGAAAAAACGAACCUUGUAUAUUAAUCUUGUCAUUUAUUAAAGGAUUGCAUUCCACAUGCACCAUAAAGUCGGCGUUUGGCUGCCAAUCUUUGAAACUGGUCUCAUGCUCCAACAUCAACUGUUCUCAGAACCAAAAAUUGAUGUCACUCUCACUCUCAACCAGCAAGGAUUCAAACUGGAAGCACCCAUCGCUGCAGCUGAUCAAAAGCUUUUGGUAUUGAAGUAAGUUUGUGCACCUUAGCAUACCAAACUGUACCAUACACACAAUGUCAUUCCAUAGCAUACUAUACCAUACAUACUAUAGCAUUACAUACCAUAUUCCAUAUCAUACCAUACCAUCCAUACCAUACCAUACAAUACCAUACCAUACCAUACUGCCAUACCGUACCAUACCAUACCAUACAAUACCAUACCAUACCAUAUCAUACCAUACCAUACCAUACCAUACCAUGCCAUGCCAUGCCAAACCACACUAUAUCAUAGACUACUUUCAUAAUACAGAUAGGUUUUAAUGUAACUUACAACUACCAUCUUUCCUCAGACCUAAAGUGCAUGCCGUGAUGCGUAAAGAACUGGUCGUUGGAAACAGACAAUGGUUUAACAUUGAUUUACAACUCAGAAACCGUGGUUUCAUUGAUGUAAGUUUGGUGGAACAUGGGUAGGGAACAAUGUUUCCACCAUCGGGGAACAUGGCUAGAAUACAGUGCUUCCUGGUUUACUCACCUUUGGGAAACAUGCUUGAGAAACAAUGUUUCCUGGUUUGCCCCACCUUUGAGAAACUUGGCUAGGAAACGAUGCUUUUUGGUUUGCCCACUUUUGGGAAACCUGGUUAGGAAAACUGGUGUGACCACCUUUGGGGAACUUGCCCAGGAAACGAUGUUCCCUGGUUUGCCCACUUUUGGGAAACAUGGUUAGGAAACAAUGUUUCCUAGUUUGCCCUCCUUUGGAAACAUGGCUAGGAAACAAUGUUUCUUGGUUUGCCCACCUUUGGGAAACUUGGCUAGAAAACAAAAUGUUUUACCCCUUGUUUCCAGUGUGCCUUACAGUAUAUUUUAAUAUUUAAACAAGCUUAACACUAGUACAAUAUUUAUUCCAAUUCACCUCCUAGGUUCCACAGACUUGCUAUGGUAAAGACUAUCUUACUCUUUGGCUGUGUGUACAAGGACGUAUUGCUGACCCUGAGUACCUCCGAUUGAAACGUAUAACUACCUUCCCAUACUACUGGUUGAACCAAUUGGAUCUUCGCCUGAAAAAUGACGAUGAGAACACACCAACAAAAUUCAUGGCUUCCUAUACGACCACAACUAACACUGAUGGUAUGUCUCUCAAGUCUCAACUCUAAAUGUCUCUUAGUAUGUCAUCAACUCUCAUGCUUUUCACCGGAAAACAAGAGUUGAGAAAACUCUCAUGCAAACUCUCGCUUCACACCUCUCUCCUGAAGAACAUUUGCCGUAGCAAGAUGAUUAAGGACAUUUUCAAUCUUUCACACAUACAUCAUACUUCCUUAUCUGUCAUUUGAGACAUGUGGCAUAAAUACAAUCAAGUAUACUUUGUUGUUGCACACAUAAUGGCGUAAUGUACGUUCAAGUUCUGCAUUGUUCUUACGCACUUUUGAGGAAUGUUUGAAAAAGACAAAUUCAGGAUCCGAGGAACAUUAAACACUUUUUACAAGUCUGUUCUCAUCGACUCUCAUCUUUGUUAUACCUAGGCUUUAGUUGAAUACCAUUUGCAUUAUAGACUAAAUUUUGAUCUAAACAAGUCUAGACAAAAAUUUCAUCACGACUUGAAAGAGCAUCACAAAAUUAGUAAUAUUCUAAAGUUUCGUUGCAAAAUGUGUUAAAGUGCGGAUAAUAUAGCCUUGCGAAGUUUGCCGUUUUUCAGUCAUUUUGUAUUACAAACGGGAAAUUGACAGCCCAAUACCCUUUGGGACUGUCAAUUUCCCGUUUGUAAUAUAAAAUGACUGAAAAACGGCAAACUGCUCUAUUAUCCGCAUUUUAAAACAUUUCGCAACGAAACUUUGGAAUAUUACUAAUUUUGUGAUGCUCUUUCAAGCUGUGAUGAAAUUUUUGUCUAGACUUGUUUAGAUCAAAAUUUAGUCUAUAAUGCAAAUGGUCCAUUGGGCAACCACACCUUCAGUAGUCAAAAUUAGGUUUGAUUUAUGUAUGAAAUUUCUUAUUACUCUAGCUGUGUAUGAAGGACAGGGCACGAUCCAAAUCUUGGGCAAAACAAUAGUGCAGACAACCGCGACCAUGACACCACAUUGUGAUAAAACGAAAUGGACCUGUGAUACGAAAUGGAUUUUCAAGCACAAGAAAUGCCCUCAAACAUGCACGGCUGACAUGACCAUUGAUUACUCACAGGCAAAUAGGCUGGAAAUAAAUACAAAAUAUGGUGGUGAUAAAGAGUUGAACCAUGAGGUUUUGGUUGAGGAAGAAGGAAAGGCCUUGCGUAUUGUUAAUACAUGGAAUAAGGUUGGUUAUUUACAGUGAAUGACAAUACACGCUUCUCGAAAGUAUCUCGCCAUAGAGUCUCGCUUUCGUGAUUGACACGUAAUGCUUUAAUUAAUGUCGAGCAGAGUAAAUCCAUUUACCAAGUCAAAUCCGAGUCAAUUCCGAGUCAAACGUCUGAGUCACGUAAAAAAAGACGAAAUUGAAUAAAAUUUACAAUCGAAUAGUGUUACGUCAUUGAACUACAAGACCGCUAAACAGUGACUCGGACAUUGGACUCGGUUAAACGACAAACUCAUGUCGAAUACACGAAAAAACGAGGAUCUAUAGUCAAGGUGACGUACUUUCCGGAAGGGUGUGUUAUACCUUUUGUUGCCUUAUGAUUAUGAGAGAUUAUGGUCAACAGUCCUUUUACCUCUGGGAGGGACCCUUGUAUGACCACAGGUCCGCCUAUAUGCGAGAACAAAGCCCCCAAGUUAAAGUCCCCUCCUGUAGUUACUGGACCUCUACGGAGAAUAGUUUAGAAUUAUUAAUAGAUCUAUCCUGUAUAUAAAGUUAUUUUGUUGACUUAGCUCAGUAUAUAAUAUGAGUCUCAUUCCCCCCCAAUACAGUUGCCAGUAUGGGUCCACGAGUUCGUUCGUCUACACCGUCCAAGAAUGAUCACAUUCCUACAUCGUUUCUUCGGCAUCAAGGGAGUUAUUGGCGCAGAGAAACGUUGCGAAAUUGAAGUGAAACUGUUCAACAAAUUUGUCGCCGACAUUCUUGUUAAUGCGCCAACCAUGCAGCUUCGCCGCAUCAACCAAGCACUGCCAUUCGCUAUAAAUAAUUUCUACGUUAAGAACCGAGUUGAAAUGAUUAAACUAUUUUAUGGUAAGUCAUAACAAUAAAGCACGUAUCCAGUAUAAAUAAAGUUUAGUAUAACCCCCCCCCCCCCAAUAAUUUCUGAAAGCCUCGGAAUGAUAACUGAAUAACUGUAUGUGUAACAAAACUGUAACAACAAUUUUCAAUCAUGAAAGACUUGGUAGGCUACAGAUUAAGCUAAAUAUUGCAUGGAAUUUAAGGCAAGAAAGUUUAAAGAACUACGAUUUACAGCAACACAAGGUGGUGAUCGAGCUUAAGACAAGGCUUUAUGAUUGAGAAUAGUUUUAGGACUCAAUAUGAAAAUAGUGCUGCUCAGUUGUCGCAACCGUUGUACACAAGACGUGAUAAUCUGUUAUUUGCCGUUGUAAAUGUAACGGGGACAACAUCUAAACCCCUUACACUUAAUUAACAAUUUCUUUUCUACAAUAUUAUGAAUUUAAUUGUAUUAGUAGCCCCGUAGUCGUUGCCGCAUUUCUGUCCUUUCCAGAAGUUCCUAAUAGCGAUAUUUCAUAGUUUUUGAAGUGUAAAAUGUAAGGCCGUUUCUUAUCAGGUAUCCGCACAAGAAUAAGCCUUGCUUAAAGCAUGGUUCACACUAGUAAUUCUGUGGGCGAUUUUUCUUCUCCUGGCAAAUGUAAUCGAAUGAAUGACAUGCAAAAGCUUCUGAAAAGCGACUCUAUACGUGUGCGAGUUUACUAAUUUACAUCCGUCAGAAACACAAAAUCGCCGACAAAAUUGCUAGUGUGAACCAGGCUUACAGUAAGUUCGCUAAUACUUUCAAAACAUUCUGUUAUUCAGGAGCAUGUCUAGUCCAAGGUACAAACCAUAUCGAGACCACGGAUAACGUCGUCAUUAAAGAAGAAAUCCCUGGCCACUGUCCAUUCGUCCUCGCCGAGGACGCACGAGAAGAGGUAGCCAAGUGGCGAAUCUUGUUAAGAAAGGUCGAGGGUGGCAGACAGCAAUUGAUUGCUGAGAUUGGCAAGGACAAGAUCGAGAUAGAACAAGAUAAGACUGUUAAAGUCAAUGGCGUGAAAGUUGAAAUUAAACCUGGAAUGAAUGUAGUUCCCGGAGGAAAGGUCGCCAUGAUUAACAAUCAAGUGUACUUCCAAGCAGAUGUGAGUAUGAUUGUAUUUAUUUUUAUAUAAAGACAAUAUAAACGUUCUGAAAUAGAUCUUCAAGUUAAUAUUCGGAGCUGUUGGCAGUGCAGUGCAGUGGUUAGUACGUCACCUCUACAAUUAAUAAAGAAGAAACGUUCAGUUUGACUCUACGAAAUACCACAGGUUGUCUCCGCGGGCACUCCUGUUUUCGUCUGCGUGAAAAAGUCACGGCUUUUGCGGACCUCUAUAGACAGAGCAGUUUAGAACUGAUAUAGCUAUUCAGUAUAAAUAUAAGUAGUUUUGUCUACGUUUCCUCCUGCAUAACACUGGGUUAAUUAGGGAUGACCCUUAUGCGAACAGUUUAGAACUGAUUAAAGGAAUCCUAUCCAAAUUGAGUUUAGUUCAAUUUAAUUUAAUUUAUUAGGGGUGGGUUGUACGAAGUCGAAGGCCGAAUAGUGCUAUCCACUAGAUAGUGAUUUUUCAAAAUUUGAAAAAAGCUUGAAAAGUGUUGGAACUACAAAUAUGGAUCCACAGUUAGUAAAAGGGUUGUAAAGGGAACUUUAAUUUUUAGAUACAAAAAAGUCUAAUAUGACAUUAUUAAGACCGAUUUACACUACACAACUUUUGCCUAAAACUCUCGCAUACAACCUGCUUACAACUUGAGUUGUACUGUGUAAAUUAAACAUACAACUCGCCUACACUUGACACCUUGUCUUAAGUGUCACCUCGCCAUCAGACUUCAAUCGAAGCAGAACAAUAAACAACUAUGAAAUUAUUUUCUAAUCAUGCAAAUACGUAUUUCGCUUUAGGCUGGUUUCCAAUGUCUAUUUGAUGGCAGCAUGACAAUCGUCCUCUUCUCACCAUGGUAUCAUAACCGUAUCCAGGGGAUAUGUGGUAACAAUGAUGGUGAACAAUGGACAGAUUUUGGCACUCGACGAAAGACUUUCAUGCCAGAGACAAUGACAAAGGAAUUCUUGAGAGAAUGGGUUGUUGAAGGCACUACAUGCAAGGACAAGCGUAAGUAGGGAAAGGACGCUGGGGGCGACCACCCCUUCUCAAUGAAUUCUAGAAGCCUUAAAUAAUUUGAAUGAUAACUUGUCCUAGGCCUGUCAAAGUCUUAGGCCUGUUUUCCACAAGGCGAAUUUGUUCGCUCAAUGCGAUGUCGGUAUUGCUAAUCACCAUGGGCGUACGGGAAGUUAAAAUUAGGGGGGCGGAAAGAAAUUUGCCCGACUUUUUCGGAUUGUGCCCGAGUUGUUAGAAAAAAAUUUCCUGAGAAACUUUCCAAAAUUGUUGUAGACGGAGAGGGGGAGUGAUUACGAAAAUUCCUAUUAGAUAGCAUAUUUCCCACAAAAUUGACAGAAUUUCCCACAAAAUUGACAGAAUUUGUCCCAUUUAUUUUUAUAAUAAGCCAAUAUUGCCCGACUGUGAAACGAAUAUUGCCCGACUGGCUUUGUUUACCCAACAAACUGGGGGAGGGUGCCCCCCGCCCGGUACGCCCAUGCUUAUCACGUCAGCAAAAGCAAUGCGGACAAAGGAAAAAGUCGCUUCACACGAACAAAUUCCUCCAGUGGAAAUUAAACCGGCUUAAGUUUUAACGGAGAAGGAGUUUUGUAGGUAGAAAUUUUAUACAUUCAGACCUAACCAGGAGCAGCUACUCGAAAAUUUCCAUAUAUGAAACCCUUCUAAAUGAGUUCAAUCGAGUCAAAAUGGUCUUAAGUUUUAACAAUCUUUGUAUGCAAACAUGUGAGCUUUGUAGCCUAUUUUUAAGCUAAUAAUAUACAUGAAAAAAAUUCUCAAUUCUGAUUGGCUAAGGACAGUGCAACUUUUUCAAAAUACACUGCCAAAAAAUGAAAUACAGUGCAAAUUUCUUAAUUUUUUCUUAAUUUUUGAUUUUUCAAAUUUCUUAAUUUCUAAAUGUGACUUACGCACGUGACUGCAUAAUUUUUUAAUGUAUAUUAUUAAUAAAAUUUUGAUCGUCUCUGAGAAACUCACUCGUGCAUGUUUUUGCCAAAUUGCACUCGAAACCAUACUAUUACCUAUACAAACUUGCAUUCUAUCCAUAUAUAUGAUUUAUUUGUAUUCAUAUUUAUAUAUGAUUUACACUGACAUUUGUUUUCUCGAUUUGAUUCGAACAGAAUGCAAACUGAAAGGCAAACAUAUGAAGUUGACCACAGGCGCUCCUGAAGGCAAAGUGUGCUUUACUAUUGGACGAUUCUUACGUUGUGUGGCCCAAUGCACCGCUGGGCAGAAACAUCAAUUCGAGAAAGUUGCCUACCAUUGCCUGGCUGCCAAUGAUCCUUUGGUUGCAAGAAUCCAAGCUGGUGACCCUACUGUUGCCUUGGAAACGAGGUCGGUUGACACAUGGGGUCCAGUGGAGGAGCAUCUUACUUGCCAAUGCAACUGUCAGUAGGCACAAAAGCUACACAAAUGGACUAUGUAUUAAAAUGGACUAACAAUUGAUCUUAUCAGAUAAUUUUUAAUCGGUUUUAUGUUGACAAGGUUUUUGUCUAUUCAAUUUUAUUCUCCGUUUAUGGCCAAACUAACUGUAUUUUGUUUCUUUUUAUAUAAAUGUUGAAAAUGGGGUAAUAAGAUUGAAUGUAAAAUUUAGGUGGAAAUGAAAUAAAAAUACAAUUUAUUGCAUUGAAAUGUCUCGUCACUCUUCAGUGUGUCAACGGUGAGGACUGAGGUGUUCGACUCCUGAUCACAAACUCUGGUCGACUUUAAAGCCCGAAUCAAGUUGACCCGUCAUUUUGACAGGAGACUUAGGGACC